ACAAACGGCUCGACAGCGCCCUCUAUGUUCUGUAUGAGUCCGAUAUAGAAGUGAGACCGGAAGUUCUGGGUUUCUUCAUCCGGUGUGUGGAGUAAGCGCUGUAAUGUUCUGUUAGUGCCGUUAGUUAAUUAACCCAAUAACAGUGUUACAGCUACAGACACUUACAGCUACAGACACUUACAGCUACAGUACAGACUGACAUGUGGGACCCUGAUGAAGUGGCCCGGAUGUGUUAUGAACGCUACAUGACGCUGCCUCCAAAAGGGAAACCGGAAGCAGGUCGUCAGUGGACUCAGCUCGCGGCGGUGGUUCAGGUCACGUGCUGUCCGGAAACAAACACCGUGCUGAAGGAGGUGGUGGCUUUGGGAACGGGAACCAAGUGCAUCGGGCGCAGUGCUAUGAGCCCUAAAGGUGACGUCCUGAAUGACAGCCACGCCGAGGUGAUCGUCAGGAGGAGCUGCAUAAGGUACAUGAUGGAGCAGCUGUGUGUGGGGAUGAGAGGUGGUCACAGCUCUGUGUUCUGUCGCGCUGAUCAAACAGGGAAGUGGAGAAUUCGUCCUGAAGUCUCCUUCCUGUUUUUCUGCAGUCACACCCCAUGUGGAGAUGCCUCUAUCAUCCCCAUGAUGGAGAGCCAGGCUCAGCCCUGCCCACCGGUCCCCCGAGCCAAUCAGGAGUUGGAGCAGGGAGACAGGAAGCGGAGUGCUGAGAAUGAGACGGGUGGAGUAAAGAAGCGUGUCAGAGUGGACAGACAGCAGGACAGUGGUGUAGGGGAUGACAGAGUGGGGGUGGUUUUAGGUAGUGAGUGUGUGGAGGUGAGCUCAGGCGAGCGGGUGUGUGACGUGCACCGCACCGGGGCGAAGUGCGUUCCUGGGGCGCAGAGCGACCCGCGGGGGCCGGGGCUGGACUUCCACACGGUGGGUACGUUGCGUGUGAAACCGGGCCGAGGAGAACCCACACUCUCGCUCUCCUGCAGUGACAAACUGAGCCGCUGGUGUGUGCUCGGCUUCCAGGGGGCACUGCUGAGCCACUUCCUGCAGGGGGGCGUGUACUUUAAGGCUGUGGUGGUGGGGAAGUGUCCUUACAGCUCACACGCGCUCCACCGCACCAUCACAAGAUGUGUGAGUGUGAUGGGUUUACCAGCAGGAUUCUCUCCACACACUCCUGAGCUCCUACAGUCCAAUGUGGAGUUCACACAUGGUCGCACACACACACUGCAAUCCCAUAAUGCCUCUCAGCAGGGCCGUGUGGUGCCGUGUGGAGCUGCCAUAAGCUGGUGUAAGAUCUCCUCUCAGCCCCUGGAUGUCACUGCUAACGGCUAUAAGCAGGGUGCGACUAAGAAAUCUCAGGGAACGCCUCAGGCUCGAUCGUCGAUCAGUAAGGUGGAGCUUUUUCACUCCUUCCUUAAGCUGCUGGAGUUAACAGACCCCUCAGAGCUUCCUGUGUCCCUCAGGGGAAAAGCUCUGAGCUCAUAUUUAGACUAUAAAGUAGCAGCGGAUGAAUACCAGCAGGUCUGGACUGCACUGCGCACUCAAGUAUUCAGUCUGUGGCCUCAGAGCCCUAGAGACCUUCUGCACUUCACCUGACACACACACACACACACACACACACACACACACACACACGGUUGUCGUGUGAAAUGUAGAACAUGUUCUCCGACUGUAAAUCCUUUACAACAGGCAGCGGUGAUGAUGUGCAUCAUUUCGUCGCCAUGACGACAGCUCAUCAUUAAAGUACCCUAAACCUUAUGCACUGUUUUAAAGCAGUUACAUAAUAACAUGAGAGUUUUAUUGUGUCUUUGGACUUGAUUACGAGGUUAUAGUUCUGCUUUUAAACCGAGGACAUGAGAGAAGAGCGAUGGUUCUUUAGGUGUGGGUGUCGGCCGACGAGGUCAGAGGUCAUGACAGUGUGUGUUCAAUAAACUGCAGCACACAAAACAAACACCUGAUCAUGUGAGUGAGUGUUUAAUGGUUCGGUCUUCCAGCUACCUUACCGUUUACAUCACCUCUUAAAUACAGAGAUAUAUAUAUAGAGAUUUAUACAGGGGUCAAUAAAAUUAAAUGUCUAAAAGUGAUUAAUAUGCAUUCAAUAAUUAUUAAUAAUGUAGAUCGUCAUGGCAGCACCUCUGAUUAUAUCGUCAUCAUCAUCAUCUUCAUCAUAUCACUCACAGAGAUACACUAACAUGAACACUACAACUGCAGGGACACUCACACAGUUUAUUCCUUAUUAAAUAUCAGUCUGUCUCACACACACACACACACACACACACACACACACACACACACACACACACACAC